AUGGUAGCCCUAUCCGGGACCAGCAACGCCUCGACCACGCUGGAAGACCAACAACCCUCGAGCCGCUCUUUCUUCUCCAGGUUCGCCCUGCCCAUCCGCUCCAGGAGCACCCGCAACGUCGUCGACUUCCACAUCCGCCCGGCCGAACCUCAUCGCAAGUACGGCGCCGGCGACAAUGUGAAGGGCGCAGUCGUCCUCACCCUCGUCAAACCCAUCCGCGUCACCCACCUGACUGUCGCCCUGCGUGGCUACGUGCGGGUUUACAAGAACCCAAAUGCCGCCAACGAGCCCGUCAACCCCCCCGAGUUCGACUCGGACGGCAUCUCUCAGUUCAGGUUUCUCGGCAAUGGCUACGCCUCUUUAUUUCAGGAUGAGCAGGUCCUAUGCGCCGACGGGAGACUGGAAUCGGGCAGAUACGAAUUUAAUUUCGACCUCUUGUUUCCCGAGAAGGACCUGCCCAGCAGUAUUGAUUUCGAGCGAGGGAGCAUUGGAUACACAAUUGUAGCGACGCUGACAAGGCCGACUUCCAUAAAUGCGACAACAAGUUGCGACCGCAAAAUCGAGCUGGUGGAGCAGGUUGAUGUUGGUGUCCUGCCGGCGCCCCGUCCACGGACCAUCUACCUGCAGCCCAUCUCCAAAAAGUCAAAAAAGAAAAGACCAGCCGGUUCAACUGUAUCUGAGAGGGGAACAGCGAUCGCAGCAGAGGGUGCUGGCGAGUCGUCCUCAGAUUUUGACUCGACACGAGCGGUAGAGACCUCAACAGAAGGAUCCCUCGUUGCGGACGACGCAAAUCAGGAUGCGCAUCAGAAUCCGAGGAGCCCUGUCAAUAGCGACCUCAGAAGUGAAGUGAGCGGGGAUAGUGCUGUGAGCGGCAGCACCGGUCUGAGCUCGAGAGAGCGCGCCGACCCAAACCAGCCUGGGAGCCUGGGGACAGUUCAGGCUGGCGUGGCGAAGAGAUCAGUCUCCUCAAAAGACAAGACGAUUACAACAACCAUCGAGCUCAUGAAGAGCGGGUGCUUACCAGGCGACACAAUAUCUGUCAAGGUAGAUGUACAGCAUACGAAGCGAAUAAAAAGCCUGUACGGAGUUAUUGUCACUCUGUACAGGCAGGGCCGCGUGGACUCAGCACCACCGGUAGCCCUGUUCAAAAACAUAUCGAAGGAAGAACAGCGAAGGCUGGAGAAGGAGGAAUACUACCCAAAGUCAAAGACUGGCCUGGGCGGGCUGUCAUUAUCAUCGGCUGGCACAUGCAGCGUGUUCCGGAAAGACCUCUCGCAGGCAUUCAGCCCGCUGAUUAUCGACCCUGCCACCCUGACUGCGAGCGUGACGACCUCUGUCAGGGUCCCUGAGAACUCGUUCCCCUCAAUACGGGGAGUUCCUGGGGAGAUGAUCAGUUUCAAGUACAGGCUUGAAGUGAUUGUGGAUCUCGGCGGCAAGCUUGCGAACGCGAUACAGAUUCAACAAAACCCAAGGGUUGGUCCGGCUGCUGGCGUGCUGACGUCGGGCAGGGAGGUAGCGGCUGUUCUCGCAUCAUUUGACGGCAGCUUGGUCAACACAGACCCCUUGAAGCGAGAGAAAGGUGUUAUUUACGAUUCUUUCGAGGUGGUGGUGGGGACCACGGAUACCAGCCGGCGUGGAAAGGCGGUCUCGUCACCUUCAAACUUGAUCCAGGAUGGCGCGGCGUACAACGAAAACGGGGCGUGGCCUGCAGGAUGGGAAGACGACGGCUACGGUCCGGAAGAAGAAUACACACAGGAAUACGUCCCAUACCCCGGGGAGUCCGCAGCUCAAUACCCAUACUGGAACGGAGGGUCUCACGGGCCAGCCGAUCCAGCACCACAUUAUAUACCACCACCUCCAGACUUCCCAGAUGAGAGAGGUCUCUCGGAAAAGGAAAGGGUACGAAGAGCGGAGCAGAGACUAUUGCCCAGCCAACCAGAUGCGCCAGCACAUACAGCGGGACCGUCAGCGCCUCCACUUGAUGGCGACGACGACGGUGCCGGCCCAUCUGCUCCCACGGCACCUUCGGCCCCACCGCCACUACCGCCCGCGGAGGCGGCUCCAUCAGCGCCAACGCUUGACGAUCUAGCAGCCGGGCCAUCCGGGCCGAACGGCGGCCCGGCGGACGACAAGCAGGAGCUCGAGCGGCGGAGGUUACUGGCAGAAGCAAGCGCACCGCCCGAGUUCCCUGCGGAUGAUGACGCUGGGGUGGGAAGCAGCGCCGGGCCCAGUGCGCCGCCAAUGGUCGACGGGCCGUCCGCACCGAUCCUCACGGAAGAGGAAGAGUACGGAAGGUAUUUCUCGCAUCAGGCCCCUGCAAGCUCGUCGGAACCUUUGCCGGCGUAUCAACGGUGA